AGUCUAUUUGAGUCUAUGUAUACGUCUGACUUCAUUAUGGUCCUAAUAAUGUAGCUAAUGUUGGCCAGCCAGGCUAGACAGCCUGUAGGUUGGGUUGUAAACUUGUGAGGAAACCCUUUGUCAGUCCAGCCUGGUAGCAAAAUGACUGUUUUAAUGUUUUAACUCCUACCUCCUGCUAUUGUUAAGGCCAGGCUCUCACUCCCUUCCUCUUGUCUAGGCUGGCUACACCUCAGUUUUUUGUGACUUGCUGUCGACACAUUAUCUAAUGGCAAGAAAGCAUUAUAGCUAGCCAAAGCUGUGUGCUGAUUUGAUAGUUGGAUUUUGAUAGUUUUUUUAAAGACCCUGUGGCGAAUUCAAUUAAUUCAAUUAAUUCAAUUACUUUGCGAGCACUAAAUGCGAGCAUUUAGGGAGCAUGGAAUUUAAGGGUUUUAGCUUGGCUAACUCUCCUACAUAUCAGUUCUGAGCUCAGGGAAUGGAUGGAUACCGCUAACAUUUCCACUCUCCUGUUCUCAUAGUGGUGCUUUUUCCAGUGUCCCAGUCUCAUUGACCCUCUCCCCUCCCCUCCUCACCCCUCUGCCCCUCUCCCCUCCCUGAAACUCAAUCCGCCUGGGGGAAUAAGAGCACUGACUCUGCUUGGAACACCACCCGGUUUCCAUCCAACUGCCAUAAACCAGGGAGAGAGAACUGCCGAACGUCUCAUGGUCAUAGUCACUUCACAGCGAGAGUGAGAGAGGCAGAUAAGAUGGAGCCAGUGUCCUACUCACCGUACAGUCUUAACCAUGUUCUAAGAGAAAUUUAACAAACAUUUCAAAACAGCUUUAUGGAUAACAAUCAAUGGGAUAUGACACACACGGUGUGCCAGUGACCAGUGAGCAGACAUGGGGGACUGGAGUCUUCUGGGGAACUUCCUGGAGGAAGUUCAGGAACAUUCCACGUCGGUAGGGAAGGUGUGGCUCACCGUCCUCUUCAUCUUUAGGAUCCUGGUGCUGGGCACAGCCGCUGAGUCCUCAUGGGGAGACGAACAGAGUGACUUCCUGUGCGACACCCAGCAGCCCGGUUGUACCAAUGUCUGUUAUGACCGGGCGUUUCCUAUCGCACACAUCCGCUACUGGGUCCUACAGAUCGUCUUCGUGUCCACACCAUCACUGAUCUACAUGGGCCACGCCAUGCACAUAGUGCGGAGGGAUGAGAAACGAAAAAGGAGGGAGCAGGAGAAGACAGAGGGGAUGGAGGAGGAGGAGGGGAGGGGAGAGGGGGGGAGCGUAUCGGGUGAGAAAGCGUAUCUCCAGCAGAGGGAUUGUGGGAAGGCGCUGGAGGCAUCUGGGCGGGUUCGCCUACGGGGGGCGCUGUUAUCCACGUACAUUCUGAGCAUCCUGAUCCGCACGGUGAUGGAGGUGAUCUUCAUCGUGGUCCAGUACAUGAUCUAUGGAGUCUUCCUCAGGGCUCUGUACCACUGCAAGGCCUGGCCCUGCCCCAACCCAGUCAACUGCUACAUGUCCCGGCCCACAGAAAAGAACGUAUUCAUCGUCUUCAUGCUGGUGGUGGCAGGUGUCUCCCUCCUCCUCUCUGUGGUCGAGCUCUACCACCUGGCCUACAGGCGGUACAGGAAGUGCAGACGCACUCGCGCCUCCCUCAAAAACACCACUCAUAAUGCUGUGGCAAUCCCCUUCACCAGGGACCCCGACAACCCAAGUCACAACUCCCCAGGCUGCACCCCUCCCCCUGACUUUCGCCAGUGCUUGGUGUUGUCGGGGACAAUGACCCCCUUGACCCCUGUGAACCCCAUGAACUCCAUGCCUUCUCACCCCUUCAACAACAGAAUGGCGCACCAGCAGAACUCCGUCAACAUGGCCACCGAGCGCCACCAUUCCCAUGAUGACCUGGAGGGAGAGGGAGGUUUCCUGAGGAUGAACUACAACCAGGUGCCAGGGGAGAUGCCCAGCGGGUGCUCUGCGCCACCCUUACUGCAUACCGGGUACCUGAAGGACAAACAGAGCCUCAGCAAGAUCAGCGGCACCAGCAGCCGGGUUCGACCAGACGACCUGGCCGUGUAGAACCAGACAGACGGAGAGAGAGAGACAGAGGGGCUUAGAAGGUGCGGAGGGAGAGGACUUUCAGACACACAGAGAGAGAAAGGCCCUGCUUAGAGGAGAGUGGAGCAGGCUGGGUAUAUAUACGCAGCCAGAGACAGAGAAGGGGAGCAGGCAAGACAGACACCGGGGCUAAAGAUGGAUGUGUUAGCUCCAUUGUUAGCUCCAUUCAGCCCAAAUCUAGGGGAACUGUGGAAGAUUGCCUGGCCUAGAACUCCAUGAGCACUACAGGAAGAAAGCCAUUGGGGUCUGUAAGAUCCCUGGGAGUGGGUUGAAUGGAUCUUGAGAACUUUUGCAUAUUGGACUGAGCUUUGAGACUGUGACCGUUGGUGCUGGGAGAACUGGUUGUUUUUGUUAGAGCAACAAGUGGCCGGCCAAGCUUGAAACAUGGACUGUGAUAACGUUGAUCAAAUAUUGACAUUGAAGCAAAAUAUAAAUAUACCUUUUAAAUCACUGUGUGGAAAAAGCCUUGAAAUAAAUAACAGAUAAUUGCACAUUGUAUGUUUUUGAUGUUUUAAAGUACCUUUAAAUCUGAGAAUAUUGUACUUUAAACUUGCACAAUCAGUAUGCUAAAAACUGUCCCACUGUCUAUCCAGCUGCCCAUUAUAAUAACACAAACAUUUACAAGCAUGCAAAUGUAAACACGCACACACAAGCAUGCACGAAAACACACACACACAUGCACACACUGCUCUCAUCGGAGGACAAAACCCUAUCCUCAGGGGUCUGACCAAACAGUGUUGCCCCGAUCCCUGGCAUCCAGUGACGGAGGCUAUUUGCAGCUGUCAUGUUGUUUGGAAAGUGAAAUUGUGACACACAUCCCUGCAAUGCAAUCCAUUGUGCAUUAUAUCACCUUCAAAUAUAGCAGGAGCAACUGUGUUCUCUGUGUUUAAUCCUGAUGGCAUACAAACAGAAACAUAGCACCAGCAUUAUCUUCCAGUCAGAAGUAAGGACAAGGGACAGCUGUGCCAAAAUAACUGAUUUCUCUCCAUUCAACAGACGCUUAGACCAAUAAUUACAGAGGGUUGUAUGCACUCAGGUACAGAUAGUGAAGAGCUAUGCAAAAGUGCCUACAAAAUGUGAAUCUACAAAAUGUUCAAAGUCAAAGUCUUUUAGCUCCAUGUUAGAUGUGUGAACAUGUCCUGAUAUAAUUUAAAAGUGUGUUCAAAAGUCAUAUACAGUAUGGAUACAAAUAAUUUACCUUCAAUCAAGGCACAAGUUUGGAAAGUUGAUCAUCCUUCAGUAUAUUUCAGCGUUUCUUUUUUUGUUAACCACUAGGUGGUGAAAUUUCCCCUUGAACAUUUAAAAUACAGUGUAGUUCCUUCAUUGUGACUGUGAAACUGUUGAUUGUCACAUUAGUAGCUAUCCACCUCUCUUCCAUAUCUUUUCAUCUUUGUUUAAAUUUGAUUUAUUUUUGUUUAACUGUGUGAGGCUGGUCAUAAAAUGACAUGUCUAGGCCUAUAGGCUAAUAGAGAAGGCAUAACCACAAUCUGUGAAGUUCUCAACUGAUUUUGCACUAGGCUAGGCCUUUUGGGGUUUGGAAUAUAAAGACCUCUUUGUAAUUACAUGAAUCAUAUUUUCUUUAUCUAUAGAGAGGAACAACCAGUAAUUUACAGUAAUAGUAUUUUGGAAUGCCAACAAACGGGUGACUGGUUGACAUUUCUCUGUGCACAUUUCAAUGUCAUUGUGUUCUUGUAAAGUCUGCAAUAAAACGAAUAUGUCAAAUAAA